AUGCCGCUUUCAACGAAUUCUAAUGGCAUUGGCGCUAGCAACUUCAGCAGUGAUCAAGGAAGUGUGGACUCUUGUCAUUACAGCAGCAAUGGCAGCGACAGCAACAGUGGGUCAUCUCCGUGUUCUCCUGAGGAACCAGACAGGUUUUCGAGAUCUGGCACUCCUCAACCCAUGCCGCCCAUACCGCCAGCUCUACAAGAAGACUGCCAAAGUGACGACUAUCCGCUUGAACACCACAGUACAACCAUCAAAAAGGACACCAAACACAGCUUAUCGAGUAGUAAUACGGACGAUUUCUCUGAUGAAAAAGGAAGAACAUUUUUUCAUCAAAAAACUUGCCCCGAUCGAACAAAAACUGUCAGUGAACCAGUCACUAAACCCGAAGGAAUCAAACACUUCUACCUCCCACAAAGUAGUUCGGUGCCAAAAUCUCAUUGUGAAUCAUUCCAAAGAGCUGAAACUCAAAAUAUUGUUCCUUCUUUCAAACAGACUGCUGACGCUUCUUGUUCUUCGAGUGAAUGCAAAACUGCUGAAUCUAGUGAGACAAGUGGUCAUUCCGAAUCUAUAUUCCAUUUUGAUAAGCGAAAUAAUAGUCAAAUUAAUUCUUGUAGCAGUAUUAGUCAGUCAAAUUGUUCCUCAACUGAAUUUCAGCAAUGUAGCUGGUUACAUUGUAAAACGUGUGUUGAAGGAAAUGCUGAACUAGUUGAGCAUAUUAGAUCAGAUCAUGUUCAACCACAAAUGGACAAAGAAAGUUUUGUGUGCUUGUGGACCGGCUGCAAGGUAUACAAUCGAACGUCGUGUUCCUUGAGCUGGCUGGAGCGUCACAUCUUGUGCCAUGGUGGUAACAAGCCUUUCAAGUGCAUUGUGGACAAUUGUAGUCAACGUUUUCCUACUCAGGCAGCUUUGCAACGACAUGUCAACUCUCAUUUUGAUCAGAAUGGUAGCCAUGGAAACAAGUCCAAUAAAUGUCGAGAUGAAAUGGCCUCAAAGAACUUUCGAAGAAAAAAGCACCUUAAGUACAAAAAAAGAAGUGCAUCUUCUGCCACAGAAGACUUCUUUGACACCAACAUAAUGGAACAAAUAAAAUUCAAGCUGGUGGAAUCGAACAUUUCAUCUCAGAGCAUGUCUUGUCCUGGUUUCGUCAUCUUUCACAGCAGGGUAAAAGCAAAAAGAUUUGAAAAAUCUGGUAAAGUGCUUGUUCUGUUAGAGUGGAUACCUCAGAAUGUGUUACCAGAUAGUUGGGAGUCAGAAAGUUCUGCUAUCAAGUACAAAAAAAUCCCAUACUCAUCACUGCCACCAGAGUCUCUUGCAUUUCUAACUUCAUCAACAAGCUCUUGCAAUACACCUCCUGUCAAGAGGCGUCGAAAGUGAAAAAAAUGUCUCAGUAGCUUUAACAAAAUAAAAUGUUCCUGCAAGUGCCAUUUGCAUAAAAAGACUUAUUCUCUGUUGAGUAAGAAAAGCAGUUACUUUAACAAUGUAAUUUAAAACCUCUUUGGACUCUCAUGAAAAAGAAAAAAAUAACUUGAAUUAGAUUAUAUGUUGUAAAGUAAGAGGCACAAAAAAAAAGGCAUAAAAAUUCUGUGUACAUUUUGCCAGUGCCUUUGUACGUUUUGUUGAAUUCUUUUCUUAUAUCCUCAGAACACAAUUCUACCAUUAGUCACAUACUAUUAUGCAGUCAUUUUAAAAAUAAGCAUGUUUUUAGUUGGGUCAGAAUAACCAUAUGAAUACGAAGCUGUAAAUUUGAUAGACCCACUUUUGUUCAAAAUGUUGCGGGUACAGUCGGACCAAUGUUUUCUUUCUAAACCUAGGGAACCACCCAAAUUUAGUCCAGUAGCGGGAGCAAUAUCAUGUCUGUAAUCAUUCGAUAAGUAUGUUUUGCGUUAUACUUGCAUCUCUUGAUGCACAAGUACUUUUAUUAUACUGGUAUAUUUAUUUAUUUGUAUUUCCCAUAAACAUUUUUUUGUUUGUUGUAUGUGUUAAUGUUUUGGUAAAAACUUGGCAUAUAAUGCCGAAGUUGUGUUCUUUAUACAGUUAGCAUAUGGGACGUCAAUACAUUUGCUAAAGAGUUUUGCCGCUACUAACAAAAGUUAGCAUGUUAUAAACAAAAAUUUUGUUGGAUCAUUUAAAUCUUCGAAAUAAAGUCUCCGAAUGAGCACUAAAUGCAUUUCUUGUCAUAAGAUUCAACAAGAAAAGUGUAUGUAUCAGUAAGAAUAAAGUAAUCUUUAACCAGUUCCCCCCAUUAAUUUAGAUCAAUUCCUAGUAAUUUUUCGGAACCACAAACGCACUUAUUAUUGAAGAAUGUUUGUUUUUACGUAUUAAUUAUACAUAUCUGCAAUAUCAAAGGGCAAAGUUUGUUGCUGUUUUCAAACCUCUAUUAAUCAUGCAUUAAAAAAAAAAACUGAAAUUGGUAUUUCGACCAAUUUUUCUGUUAUCAUACUUUGAGGGGCUUAGUUUGAAAGGGAGCUCACAGGAGCCUUCUGUACUUUUUUUUUCUUUUCACGUUUUAUGUGAAUUUUCGAACAUUGGGCAAAAUUCAGACCAUUUGCAUAUUCAUGUAAGCAGGGUUCAUGAUUUUUUAGUUUAAAUCAGAGAUUUCUUUUUUUUUUUAAUCUUCAAAAAUUUGUAGUUAUUAAUUACUUCACAUUCAUAAACAUAAUAUAUUCCAUACAGAAGAUGAAUUCAUUCAGCUUACAUUUAAAACUAAGAUAAGUUUUUUAACUUUUCAAUGCAAAAAUCUUAAAAGAUUUAUAAGUAUAUUAUAAAACUUAGAAGUGAUUUUGUUUUAUGCUUUGCUUAAAAAUCAAGUUUUCAUCAUCAUGUACGUUUUAGUGUAAAGGGAUAUGUUGAGCAACUACUUUGCUUAACUAUAUUAUUGAUUGUAUAAGAAAAACUAAAUUUUUAUUUGGUUCUGUACUGAAUUGAACUUUAAUUUUGGAGUAAAAGCAAUAUUGCGAGAGUGAAUCUGUUCCACACGCUGAAAGAAUGAUCUAUGUAGUUUUGCCCGUCAAAGUAAAGAUUGUAUCAUGCAGUGUAGUUAAAUUUAGAACAAAACAUUCUAAAAAUGCAAAAUUAAUUUAUAAAAAUAAAAUGAACUGAUUUUAAUUAGUGAUUUUGUUUAAUAAAAUCACUUCAUUUAAAUCAACGAACCCUACAUAUGAGUUCUGAAAAGUAUAGGGCUCCCACACUUCUUAUGAUUGAAAUUAUGCCCGAAGAAAACUUCGUCUGUGCGAGAAAAUGUCAGUUUUGUUAGAUUUUUAAGUAUUGAAAAAUGCUUUCCCUCUUCCCAGUCUGCACAAACAUUGAUUUUUUGUCAUUUGUCGCCCUUCCACAAGUUAUAGAUUGAAAAGAUACCUUUUCUUGUAAAGCUGGUUUUGUGUGACAUUAAAGUAGAUAAGUCUUGCAGUCAGCUCUUGUGUUAUUUAUUGCUCUGUAUAUGUAUGGUGUUUUUUAAUUGUUUAAUAACUAAAAGAAGAAAAACUUUUUUUCCAACUGAUAAAAGUUUUGAAGUGUUUAACAAUUCAUUUUUCAAAAUGAAAUGGGGAAAAAAAAAGAUUGAGAAAAAUUUGUUUAUAUCAGUUAACAAUUAGAUUUUUUUUUUUCUAUGCUGAA